ACCAAAUCAUUAUAAACAAGAAAAAGUGCUAGGCAUUCGAAGCUGCUACAGAGCGAGCGAGUGAGAAAGAAGAGAAGGGAAAUAUUAAGGCAGCGAUGGGUGUGGAGAAGCAAAUCAUCAGACCAGGAACUGGUCCUAAACCCGCUCCGGGUCAAACCGUCACCGUCCACUGUACUGGAUUCGGGAAAGGUGGUGAUCUAUCCCAGCAGUUCUGGAGUACAAAGGACGCUGGCCAAAAACCUUUCUCCUUCCAAAUCGGUAAAGGUGCUGUCAUCAAAGGAUGGGAUGAAGGCGUUAUGGGAAUGCAAAUUGGUGAGGUUGCUCGCUUGCGGUGCUCACCCGAUUACGCAUAUGGUGCUGGUGGCUUUCCGGCCUGGGGAAUCCAGCCUACGGUUCUCGACUUUGAAAUUGAAGUACUCAGCGUGCAGUGAUGAUGCUCUCCAGCUAAAAAAAAAAACUUAAAUGUUAAAUUAUUAAGUGGUAGCAAGUGGCAAUCCUUUAUCUUUGUUGCUUCUGAUAUCUUGUUGAAACAAAACUUUGUGAUGUCACUUGCCAGUGUUAUCUUAAAUAAAAGAUCUCUUUGGACAAAACUUUGUAAACUCUUUGGACAAACGUUUUAUCUUAAAUAAAAGAUCUCUUUAUUUUUGCUGAA